GGCCGAGCACAGCAGCAGAGCACCAUCAGCACCAGCACGCCCACUUGCCUCCUAUUAUUUGCGCCAGAGGGCAGGGCAGGGCAGGGCAGGGGCCUUGGCGCUACCCCCGUUCUUAUCCCCACCUCGUGCCUCCCCUCCUCCCCCCUUCCCCUCUCUCGCCCCUCCUCCCUCCGUCUCGUCUCCCAGGUCAUGGCAAAAGCUGGAGCACCGGGAAAAAUAACAAGUGGGAGAUAAACAGGAAGAGCUAGGUGAGUUCUUCCUACCUGCCUGGACCUCCUACCCUUCCCAGUUCUUGUGUGGCUGGUCCUCCUUUUCUUCGCUGAUCUUCUUCUUCCCUUGCUGCUUGUGCUACUGGAGUGUGGUCGCCUGAUUAUCUGAUGGAUAUGUAGAGUGAUAUUUUUUUUCCCCAGGAGAUCUUUUUUCCUCUCUAGAUUUUUUUUUUCAGUAUCCUGUAGCUUCCCGAGGUGGCCAAUUCCCGUUUGAGUUCCGAUCCUUCUUUUCCCUUGCUGAUGUUCUGUCCUCCAGCGUAAUAGCUGCGGCUAAAUCCACGACAGAGUUCCAAGUUUCGGUUGGAUCUCAAUACCACAAUUAGUCAAAGGCUCAGCUCGUUCUACGGUUCUAGGAAGUGUCUAACAGCCGGGUGUGAUGGAAACAUUCUGUUCCUGCAUCAUCUUCGGAGGCGCAAAAUUUGACCAGUUUUCGUUAGGUGAAUACUUGGAGAAAAAGGUCCCCCACACCCCCCACGCAGGUGAAUACUACAAGUAGCAGUACAAGGAAGAGAGCCAAUCUGCCCGUGACUGCCAGUGAGUUGCUCGGGUGUGGUGGUUAGUUGAGGUCACGAUGAUGGGAGGCGGGCUGAUGAUGGAUCAGAGCGUGGUGUUCCCUGGCGUCCACAACUUCGUGGAUCUCCUGCAGCAGAACGGCGACAAGAACCUGGGCUUCGCCUCACUCAUGCCGCAGACGUCCUCCGGCGACCAGUGCGUGAUGGGGGAGGGUGAUCUCGUGGACCCACCGCCAGACAGCUUCCCGGACGCCGUGGAGGACGACAGCGAUGACGACGUUGAGGACAUCGAGGAGCUGGAGCGCCGCAUGUGGCGCGACCGCAUGAAGCUGAAGCGGCUCAGGGAGCUGCAGCAGAGCCGCGGCAAGGAUCCCAUGGCUAGCGGUGGGGGCCUGGCCGACGGCUCAUCCAAGCCAAGGCAGUCGCAGGAGCAGGCCCGGCGCAAGAAGAUGUCGCGCGCGCAGGACGGCAUCCUCAAGUACAUGCUCAAGAUGAUGGAGGUGUGCCGCGCGCAGGGGUUUGUGUACGGGAUCAUUCCGGAGAAGGGCAAGCCGGUGAGCGGCGCCUCCGACAACCUCCGUGCCUGGUGGAAGGAGAAGGUCCGCUUCGACCGCAACGGCCCGGCCGCCAUCGCCAAGUAUCAGGCCGACAACGCCGUCCCGGGCGCCGAGAAUGAGCUCGCCUCGGGCGCUGCCAGCCCUCAUUCCUUGCAGGAGCUGCAGGACACCACACUCGGCUCGCUGCUCUCAGCACUCAUGCAGCACUGCGACCCCCCACAGCGGCGCUACCCGCUGGAGAAGGGCGUUCCUCCACCGUGGUGGCCUACCGGCGACGAGGAGUGGUGGCCGGAGCUUGGCAUUCCCAAGGACCAGGGCCCACCUCCCUACAAGAAGCCCCAUGACCUUAAGAAGGCCUGGAAGGUGAGCGUGCUCACCGCUGUCAUCAAGCACAUGUCACCAGACAUAGAGAAGAUCCGACGCCUCGUUCGCCAGUCCAAGUGCCUCCAGGACAAGAUGACUGCCAAGGAGAUCUCGACCUGGCUGGCGGUCGUCAAGCAGGAAGAGGAGCUGUACCUGAAGAUGCACCCUGGCGCACGCCCGCCGGCAUCCACUGGUGGCAUCGCCAGUGCCAUAUCUUUCAACACCACCUCAAGCGAGUACGACGUGGACAUCGUUGAUGAGUGCAAGGGGGAUGAGGCUGGCAACCAGAAGACAGCAGUCACUGACCCAACCUCCUUCAACCUUGGUGCGGCUAUCCUAAGUGACAAGUUCCUCAUGCCGACGCCGAUGAAGGAGGAGACCGCUGACGUCGAGUUCAUCCAGAAGAGGAACGCCCCCGCUCCUGCUGAGCCAGAGCUAAUGCUAAACAACCGGGUGUACACCUGCAACAACGUCCAGUGCCCGCACAGUGACUACAGCUAUGGAUUCCUUGACCGGAAUGCCCGCAACAGCCACCAGUACACCUGUAAGUACAACGAUCCGAUCACUCAGAGCGCCGAGAACAAGCCUCUGCCAGCACCGCCGCAACCACAAGCCUUCCAGCCGGCCUUCAGCCAAGCCAAUCAGGCAGCGAACAAUCUGGACUUCAGCCUGCCUAUGGACGGGCAGAGGUCCAUCGCCGAGCUGAUGAACAUGUACGACACCAACUUCAUGACGAGCAAGACCAUGAGCAGUAGUGACAGCGUCACCAUCAUGGAGAGGCCGAACGCGAUGCCCCAGAGGAUCCAGAUGGACGAGGGCUUCUUCGGACAGGGCAACGGAGUCUUCGACGACGUCAAUAGCAUGAUGCAGCAACAACAGCAGCAGGCACCACCCGUGGUGCAGCAGCAGCAGCAGCAGCAGUUCUUCAUCCGCGACGACACGCCAUUCAUGAGCCAGAUGGGCGACAUCACCAGCACGGCGGAGUUCAGGUUCGGCUCUGGUUUCAACAUGUCUAGCACCGCCGCCGCCGCUGAUUACCCAGGCGCGGCGCAGAAGAACGACGGGACCAAUUGGUUCUACUGAAGAAUAAAACUUGUAGGGCUCCUCGUUAUAAGCUUCGGAUUCCUCCAUGGAUCUCCCAAGUUGUCAAGUCUUAUAGGUCUUCGUUAUAUAGGUUUUGCAGUAGCUGCAAGACGGCUGGAACCUGGAACUGGUUUAUACUUGUAUGUCCGGCCAGCCAUAAACCUCUCUUAUUUGCAAACUUAAUGUUAUUCCUAGCUUUAAGUUGUUAGUCUCAGUCUGCUGUCCAUGUAUAUGGCUGUUAAAAUGCUUGUGCUUGUUUCUGUACUACCUGCUGUUUGGUGUCUGAAUGAAGUGUUUUCUUCAGUGGUUCU